AUGAAAAAAAAGGUAAAUUCAGAAAAUUUUUAUUUUAAGAAAAAUGAUUUCAUCUAUAAUAAUGGUUUAAAUGAAAGUUCAAAUUAUUUCAAUGUAAAUCAAAUUAAAAAACUGUGUAACUCAGAAAACAAUAAUAUUUAUGAGCAAAUUUUUGAUACAUAUUAUGUAAAAAGAAAUGUACUUAAAAAAAGAAAAAAGGAAAAAAGUUAUAUAAAAAAUAGUUUAUCACCAUCUUUGAAUAAUACUAAUAAAAUAAAUGAAAUAGCGUUCCACAUAAAUGAAGAAUCUAUCACACCUUCUCUACCUUUACAUUCACCUUUACAUACUUCGUUACGUGGAAAUUUUAAAAAUAAUAAUGAAAAUAAAAAUUCAGCAGAGUCAAGUUUAAAAAAAAGAAUUAAAUCAAAUGAAGAAUAUUGUUUUUAUGAUAAUUAUUUUGAUCAAACACCAAAAAAAUUAAUUAAGGAUGAUAUAAAUAUACAAGAAAAGAGAUUUACUAAAAUAAGUAAUGAAAACUAUAAUAGAAAAAAUAAAAAUACAUUGAUUAAUAGAAAUUCAUUAAAUAAAUACGAUUUUAUUAGAUUUGUAUGUUCUCCAAAUAAAAAAAGAAGCAAUGAAAAAAACAUAAUUACUAAUAAUGAAAUUUUAAGUCCUAAAGAGAAUAUGGGUAAAAAAAAAGAAAAUUAUAAUAAAAAGUUAAGUGAAAAUAUUUUUAUUUCAAAUUAUAACAAAAAUAACAUAGAUUUGCAAAAAAGUUUUAACAGGGAUAUUAACAAAGAAAGUAAUAAAAAUGACAAUGAUAAAGACUUUUCAGAGAAAAGUGAAGAUAAAAAUAUUGGUGCAAAAGUAAAACAAGAUUAUAUAGAACCAUAUGAUUCUUAUUCUAUCAAUAGAUUGAGUAAAAACUUUUUUAUAAACAACAAAAAAUUAUUUAUAAAUGAAAUCAAUAAAGAUAAAAUAAAUUCGGAUGAUUAUGUCGAUGACUUUUUUAAUAAAAAUAUUGUAAAUGAAAAAAAUGAUUACACAAAUUUCGAUAACAAAGAAAAUAUUAAUACGAAAAAAAAUUUAUAUUGUGAAAAUACAAAAAUAAAUAGUGUAAAUAAUGAUUUUGAAAAAUUUGAUAAUAAUACACAUUAUUAUUUUAAUGGGGAUUAUACCUUUAAUAAUAAUAUAUAUGAUAAAAAAAAUACUAAUCAAAAUGACUAUUUAAAGGACAUUAAUACUUAUGUAAAAAAAAAUUAUAAAAUGUGGAAAUCACUGUAUAGUUACUUAGAUGUUUCAUAUAAUUGUAGUAAAGAAGAAGUAAAAAAAUCAUAUAAAGAUAAAAUAAAAAUUUAUCAUCCUGAUAAAGGGGGAAAUAUAAAAGAAUUUUUAGAACUGAAAUUAUCAUAUGAUAUCUUAAGUAACGAUAAAAAGAGAAAAUUGUAUGACAAGUAUGGAAAUAGUAUAUUAGAAUUAUUAAUCAGUGAAAAAUUUAAUGAUUAUAAUAUUUCUUCUGAUGAAAAAAAUGAAGAAGAAGUAACAGACGAUGAGUGUCUAAGAAUAUAUGAUUUGUUUGUAUUAAAAUAUAAAAAUGUUUCCUAUUUACAUAAUUUAAGUAACUUGAAAAUUAACGAUAAUCAAUAUAAUGAAUUUCAAAAGUUAAUUCAUUAUUUUUUUAAUACGGAAAAUAACAUUUUUAAUAAUAUUUUUUAUAUAUAUCCUGUUUUUUCACCUCAUAUAACUCCUUUUAGUAAAAAUAAAAAAAAAAAUAAUUCAGUAGAUUCUACCCUAUAUUUUGACGAUAUAAGUAGUGAAGAUUCAUAUAAAACUUCAGAUAAUUCUCCAUCAAACUUUAAAUUAAACGAAAUUAUAAAUAAUGAUACAAAAAAAAAAAAAAAUUUUUCAAAUAUAUAUAAUGAUAUAGAUUUUGAAUUUUGCCAUUUUUACAAAAGUUAUAUGAUGGAAAAAAUUGAAUCAUUAGAUAAAAAUAAAAGAAAAUGUAACAAAUCUUAUGAAAACAAUGAAAAUGAAAAUGCAAAUAAAACAGUGUUUAAGGAAAACGAUGAUUCUUUAUUCGAAAAGGAUAAAAUUAAAUUAUCAAAUGAUAAUUCUUAUAAUGAUUAUGAUAAUGCAAGAGAAAAUAAAAAUUUUUAUGAAAGAGAUUCUUCAGAAUUUUUUAAAGAUAUUCAAUUAUCACCAUUUGCAUAUAGAGUUAUAAAUGAUGACAAUAAAAAACACGUUAAUGAUUUCUAUAGAUGGUUUGAAUUUUUUUUUGAAGAUAAUUUAAGUGAAAUGGAAAGUAAGGAAGAGGAUACUUUUUAUGAAGAUGAAGAAAAAUCACUUAUAAAAAGAACACAUAAAAAUAUUUAUGAUUCAAGUGAAAAUAUAAAAAGUGAUAAUUUCAAUAAAAUAGAACAAAAUGUCCAAAAAGAAAAUGAACAGAAUUUAAAGAAAAAUGAAUUUAUAGAUAAUAUAGGAAAGAAAUUAAUCCCACAAAAUGAAAUGGAGAAAAAAAUUAAGGAGAGGUUAAAGGAAGAUAAUUUUAUAAAAAAAAUAGAAGAAGAUCAUAAAAAUAAUUAUGAAGAUAUAAAAAAAACUGAGGAAUUUAUUAACAUAGAGCAAGAAAAUAUUAGUGACGUAAGUAAUAUUCAUUUUGAGGAAAAGGAAUAUCAUAAACAUAUUAGUAACUUAAAAGAUUAUAAUGAAAAUGAAUAUAAAUUUAUUGAUUUAAAUACAAAAAAAAAAAAAAAAAAAAUAUAUGCAAAAGAAAUUAACAAUUCUUUUAAUAAACAUAAUAAGACUAUAAUAACACAUAACUGCAAUUCAUCUAUAGAUAAUACAAAUAACCUAUCCCAAUUUCCUAAUCCUGUAAAUAGUUCAUUAAAUUCAAAUUGUAAAAUAAAUAUUAAUUCACAAAAUGAAUUCCUAGAAAAAAAAUUCAACAAAAGUUAUGAUGAUAUAUUGAACAUUGAAGAAAAAUAUGGGUUUAAUUUAAUUAAAAAAAGUGAACAUAAAAUUAAUGAUGUAACACAUGACUUUAAUUAUAUAUAUAUAGGGAAUAAUAAAAAUAAAAAAAAAAACUUCAUAUUAUUCAUAAAAGAAGAAAGUAUUAAAAAAUUUUUGAAAAUAAAAUUACUGAUUAGCAAAAUUAAAAAAAAAACUAAUUUAAAACAAAUAUCUUUAUUUGAAAAUGAAAUAGACAAAAAUUUAAAAAACAUUGAAUAUAUAUUACUAUUGACAACAUAUAAAGAAGAAUUAGUACCAUUAAAUGAUUUUUAUUUAUUGGAUAAAAAUAUAUAUUCAAAAGAUUAUUAUUGUAUUCCUUUAUAUAUAAAAAAAAAUAAUAUAAUUAGACCACACUUUUGCCAUUUUAAAUGGAUUAUAUAUACAAUACAAUCAUUAUUAUUUUUUAAUCUCUAUUUUAAAAAAGUUAACAAAUAUAUGUAUACUUUUCCAUUCUUCAACUAUAAAUAUAACUGUUUGAAAAAAUAUAUAGAAAAUAAUACAGAGGAUAAAAAUUUCGAUAAAAUAAAAGACAAAUAUAUUUUUUUUCAGCAUUAUAUAAUAAAAAAUAAACAUAAAUAUUUAAAAUAUUUUCCACAUUAUUUAUUUCUAUAUUUAAAAGAUGUGAUAUCACUGAAUGAAAACAUUCAGAAACAACUUCAAAUAAAUUUAUCUCCAAUUUUUGUUUUAACACCCAAUAAGCUUUUUCAAAAUAUCGAUCUUUAA